AGACUUCGGCUUCAUUUUGGAGCCUCCAAUUAGCUUUAUCUUUUCCCAAAUUGUAUGGCGCUUUCCCAGGAGAGGGGGCGGUGUAUGUUAUCUCGCUUCCCCAGGAUGAGUUUGCAAGCAUGAGAAAGCCGGGCUCCCGAGCACCUGCCUCUUAGUCAUCCUGGGUUUGAGGAUGUCCCCAGAUUACAUCUUCUCAGCUGUUUGCAAAACAGCUCCGGGUGGGAGGAGUAGCGCUCGGAUUUACCCACCGUCUCGGCUGUCUCUUUAAAUGCUGGGGUCUGCGCGCUGGAGAAGGGGAGGGAUCGGCUCCGGAGUGCGUGAAAUUCCUGGGCUUCUCUGACAGUCUCGGGCAGAAAGCUCUGCUUUACGCAGCUCUUCUCGCGCGCAACUCAUCCCGCCGAGGGAGAGGCGCGCCGACCCUUUUCUGGCGCGCCUUUUCUCGCCAGCCCUGCCUCUGCUCUCCCAAGUCGUUCGGGUCCCGCGUCGGGCAGCUCCUUCGCCUUCCCUCAUGCCGCUCCCAUAGAGACAGUCUGGAUUCUUAUAACCCCGAGAAGGAGCCAAACGAAGAGUUGAUUCCAGUACCUAUAGCUCUCCUCAACUCCAAGGAUCCAAUUGUCAACAAGUGAGGAAUUGGGCACAGGAUCAUCUUCUGGACACAAUGCAGAUAGACUUCAACAUUUCUAUCUAUGAAGUCUCUGACUGGAUGAGGUUGCUGCUAUCCAUGUUUUGGUGCCAUCACCACUUUUAAGAAGCUGUAGUUUGGAGGCUGUCUACUGCUUCUACCUUUCACUGAAGGUAUCUAGGGUCAGCAAUAUAAGGUCACAAGUGGAAAUCCAACCCUUACAAAAUUGCUUCCCCUGGACAAAUCUUCACAAUAUUUUCUUUCCUUCUAGGGUAAAGGUCUCUGUAUUCUUAGGGACAGGUAAAAUAUUACCUCUCCAAUUGAGAGUUUUCUCUCUUGUGGAAUUUACUGGCUUCAUUGACUGUUAAAGAGCCAUUCUCUCUAGUAUAGGUGGCUUUAAUAUUUUUUGUUUUCCCAAAGGAGAAAAUAAGCACUACUUUCAAAAAUGGACUUUUCACUCCACUCUGCCUCUUUCACCUUGAAGGUGACCUUAUUGUUGGGAUCUUUUCUCAGCCUCUGUCUUGGCCUUGAGUUUAUGGGCCUACCAAAUCAGUGGGCUCGUUACCUCCGCUGGGAUGCAACCACAAGAAGUGACCUAAGCUUCCAACUGAAAACAAACAUCUCCGCUGGGCUCCUUCUCUACUUUGAUGAUGGUGGUGUCUGCGACUUUCUCUGUUUAUCCCUGAUAGAUGGACGCAUUCAGCUGCAGUUCAGUGUAGACUGUGCUGAGGCUACAAUUGUUACAGAAAAGCAGGUCAAUGACAGCAAUUUACAUUUUUUGAUGGUUAGUCGCAACCAUCUCCAGACAGUUCUGGUUCUUGAUGGUGAAGCUAAACCUGGUGAGGUGCGCCCACAACGUCAGUAUAUGAAUAUUGUUAGUGACCUCUUUUUGGGAGGUGUCCCAUCAGAUAUCCGUCCUGCAGCCUUAACCCUUGAGAGUGUCCUGGGUGAGCCACCAUUUAAAGGAUUUAUCAUGGACCUAAAGUAUGGCAAUUCAGAACCUCAGCUUCUGGGCCACCAAGGAGUCCGCCUGGACAUGGAAGGGUUGUGUACAGAGAAUCCUUGUGAAAAUGGUGGAACUUGCUUUCUUCUGGAUGGUGAACCACAGUGUGAUUGCUCAGUUACUGGAUAUGUUGGAAAACUCUGUUCUGAAGAUGCCAGUCAUGUUCCAGGCCUUUCACAUCUGAUGAUGAGCGAGCAAGGUAGAAGUAAAGCAAGAGAUGAGAAUGUAGCCACUUUCCGUGGCUCUGAAUACCUGUGCUAUGAUCUCUCCCAGAACCCCAUUCAAAGCAGCAGUGAUGAAAUCACACUGUCCUUCAAGACAUGGCAGCGCAACGGCCUUAUCCUGCACACGGGCAAGUCGGCUGAUUAUGUCAACUUAGCACUGAAAGAUGGCGCCGUCUCACUGAUCAUUAACUUGGGAUCUGGAGCCUUUGAAGCCAUUGUGGAGCCUGUCAGUGGCAAAUUUAAUGACAACCAAUGGCACAACGUAAAAGUGACUCGCAACCUGCGGCAGCACUCAGGCAUUGGACACGCUAUGGUGACAAUCUCUGUGGAUGGAAUCCUCACCACUACUGGCUACACACAAGAGGAUUAUACUAUGCUUGGCUCAGAUGACUUCUUCUAUGUUGGUGGAAGUCCCAGUACAGCUGAUUUACCUGGAUCUCCUAUCAGCAAUAACUUCAUGGGUUGUCUGAAGGAGGUUGUUUAUAAGAAUAAUGAUAUUCGUCUGGAGUUAUCUCGUUUGGCAAGGAUUGGUGACACAAAAAUGAAAAUCUACGGGGAGGUGAAAUUUACAUGUGAAAAUGUGGCCACAUUGGAUCCAAUCAAUUUUGAAAAUCCCGAGGCCUACAUUAGUCUGCCUAAGUGGAACACCAAACGAAUGGGCUCCAUCUCUUUUGACUUCCGCACUACAGAGCCCAAUGGCCUUAUUCUUUUCACUCAUGGUAAACCCCAGGAAAGGAAGGAUUCCAGAAGCCAGAAGAACACCAAAGUGGAUUUCUUUGCAGUAGAACUCCUGGAUGGAAAUCUCUACCUUCUUCUUGAUAUGGGCUCUGGAACUGUCAAAGUAAAGGCAACUCAGAGGAAAGCUAAUGAUGGAGAAUGGUAUCAUGUUGAUAUACAGAGAGAUGGUAGAUCAGGUACCAUUUCAGUUAACAGCAGACGGACACCUUUCACUGCAAGUGGAGAGAGUGAGAUCUUGGAUCUAGAAGGAGACAUGUACCUGGGAGGACUGCCUGAAAAUCGGGCUGGGCUUGUCCUUCCUACUGAGCUAUGGACAGCUAUGUUGAACUAUGGUUAUGUGGGCUGUAUCCGAGACCUCUUCAUUGAUGGGCGGAGCAAGAACAUCCGGCAGCUGGCAGAGCAGCAGAAUGCAGCUGGUGUCAAAUCUUCCUGCAUUAGGGUCAACACCAAACAGUGUGAUAGUUAUCCCUGUAAAAACAAUGCUGUCUGCAAGGAUGGCUGGAACCGCUUCAUCUGUGACUGCACAGGCACUGGCUACUGGGGAAGAACAUGUGAACGGGAGGCCUCUGUCCUGAGUUAUGAUGGCAGCAUGUAUAUGAAAAUUGUUAUGCCUAUGGUCAUGCAUACAGAGGCUGAGGAUGUGUCCUUCCGCUUCAUGUCCCAGCGUGCAUAUGGUCUACUGAUGGCCACAACAUCACGUGAUUCAGCUGAUACAUUACGGCUUGAGCUAGAUGGAGGCCGGGUUAAACUCAUGGUCAAUCUAGACUGUAUCAGGAUAAACUGUAACGCCAGUAAAGGACCUGAAACCCUUUACGCUGGGCAAAAACUCAAUGAUAAUGAGUGGCACACAGUCCGAGUGGUACGUCGAGGAAAGAAUCUCAAACUUACAGUUGAUGAUGAUGUUGCCGAAGGUACAAUGGUUGGUGAUCACACUCGCUUGGAGUUCCACAACAUUGAGACUGGGAUAAUGACAGAGAAGCGUUACAUCUCUGUCAUUCCUUCCAGCUUUAUUGGCCACCUUCAGAGCCUCAUGUUCAAUGGCCUUCUCUACAUUGACUUAUGCAAGAAUGGAGACAUUGACUAUUGUGAAUUGAAAGCCCGCUUUGGGCUCCGUAACAUCAUUGCUGAUCCUGUUACCUUCAAGACCAAGAGCAGCUAUCUGAGCUUAGCAACCUUGCAGGCCUAUACCUCCAUGCAUCUCUUCUUCCAGUUCAAGACAACUUCUGCUGAUGGUUUCAUCCUUUUCAACAGUGGGGAUGGAAAUGAUUUCAUUGCAGUUGAGCUGGUUAAGGGAUAUAUACAUUACGUGUUUGACCUUGGAAAUGGACCUAAUGUUAUCAAGGGCAACAGUGAUCGCCCAUUGAAUGACAACCAGUGGCAUAAUGUAGUUAUCACCAGAGACAAUAGCAACACCCAUAGCCUAAAAGUGGAUACCAGGGUUGUUACUCAGGUCAUCAAUGGUGCCAAAAACCUUGACCUUAAGGGUGACCUGUACAUUGCUGGACUGGCUCAAGGAAUGUAUAGCAACCUCCCAAAGUUGGUAGCAUCGAGAGAUGGAUUCCAGGGCUGUCUAGCAUCAGUGGACUUGAAUGGGCGUCUGCCAGAUCUCAUUAAUGAUGCUCUGCACCGCAGUGGGCAGAUUGAGCGGGGAUGUGAAGUUGAGUUGACCAAAGCUGACCUGCAAGGACCAAGCACCACCUGUCAGGAAGAUUCCUGUGCCAACCAAGGCAUCUGUAUUCAGCAGUGGGAAGGCUUCACUUGCGAUUGUUCCAUGACAUCAUAUUCUGGAAAUCAGUGCAAUGACCCUGGAGCCACAUAUAUCUUUGGGAAAAGUGGAGGCCUGAUCCUGUAUACUUGGCCAGCAAAUGACAGACCCAGUACAAGGACAGACCGCCUAGCUGUUGGGUUCAGCACAACAGUAAAAGAUGGCAUCUUGGUACGGAUUGACAGUGCCCCUGGCCUUACUGACUUUUUGCAACUUCAUAUAGAACAAGGCAAAAUUGGUGUAGUCUUCAAUAUUGGCACAGUAGAUAUCUCUAUCAAAGAGGAGAGCACUCCUGUGAAUGAUGGCAAAUACCAUGUUGUGCGUUUUACCCGAAAUGGUGGUAAUGCAACACUUCAGGUAGAUGGAUGGCCAGUGAAUGAACAUUAUCCUUCAGGAAACACUGAUACUGCGUUCCAAUUGGUAAAACAGAAAAUCCCCUUCAAAUAUAACCGACCCGUAGAGGAAUGGCUGCAGGAAAAAGAUGAUGCAACACCGCAUCACCACUUGACUUCGAGACCUGCCACGACGACCAAAAUUGGACGACAGUUAACGAUCUUCAACACCCAGGCUCAAAUAGCCAUUGGAGGAAAAGAUAGAGGGCGUCUCUUCCAAGGUCAGCUUUCCGGUCUCUAUUACAAUGGCUUGAAAGUAUUGAAUAUGGCAGCAGAAAACAACCCCAACAUCAAAAUCAAUGGAAGCGUUCGGCUGGUUGGUGAAGUGCCAUCUAUUCUGGGGACAGCUCCCACAACCUCUAUGCCACCAGAGAUGUCCACCACCGUCAUGGAAACUACCACUACUAUGGCCACUACUACAACACGAAAAAAUCGCUCCACACCUACCAUUCAGACAACAGAUGACCUUGUUUCUUCAGCAGAGUGUUCUAACGAUGAUGAAGAUUUCAUUGAAUGCGAGCAGAGUGUAGGUAAGCCAGGAGGUGAAUUAGUUAUCCCUCUUCUUGUAGAAGACCCUUUAGAUAUCCCUCCUAUUACUACUCGUGCACCUUUCAUUACACUCCCCACUACCUUCCGUCCCCUCCUCACCAUUAUUGAGACCACCAAAGAUUCCCUGUCCAUGACCUCUGAGGCGGGGUUACCUUGCUUGUCGGACCAAGGCAGCGAUGGUUGUGAUGAUGAUGGCUUGGUGAUAUCUGGGUAUGGCUCAGGGGAAACUUUUGACUCUAACCUACCCCCUACUGAUGAUGAAGAUUUUUACACCACCUUCUCCUUGGUAACAGAUAAAAGUCUUUCCACUUCAAUCUUCGAAGGUGGCUACAAAGCACACGCACCCAAGUGGGAAGCCAAGAACUUUAGACCUAACAAAGUCUCCGAAACUGGUAGGACUACUAUCACAGCUUUGUCCCCUGAGCUGAUCCGCUCCACAGCUUCGUCCUCGACUGGGAUGGUGCCCAAAUUGCCAGCUGGCAACAUGAAUAACCGUGACCUCAAACCCCAGCCUGAUAUAGUCUUGCUUCCGUUGCCCACUGCCUUUGAGCUAGACAGCACAAAACUGAAGAGCCCGCUAAUAACUUCCCCCAUGUUCCGUAAUGUGCCCACAGCAAACCCCACAGAGCCAGGAAUCAGACGGGUUCCGGGGGCCUCAGAGGUGGUCCGUGAGUCGAGCAGCACAACGGGAAUGGUCGUCGGCAUUGUAGCUGCUGCUGCCCUCUGCAUCCUGAUCCUCCUGUAUGCCAUGUACAAGUACAGGAACAGGGACGAAGGGUCCUAUCAGGUGGAUGAGACGCGUAACUACAUCAGCAACUCAGCCCAGAGUAAUGGCACGCUCAUGAAGGAGAAGCAGCAGAGUUCAAAGAGCGGCCACAAGAAACAGAAAAACAAGGACAAAGAAUAUUAUGUGUAAAAAAAAUAAAACAAAAAAAAUAUUUAUAUAUAAAUAUAUAAAUAUUGAAUGAGCUAUAACUGAACCAAAACUGUUGCAGCCAAUGAGAUUGGGAGAAACCGUCUGCGGUUUGAGACCAAUGUUGAGCAUAAACAUUUCAGUCAUUGACUGCUAAGUUUUCAAAUCACUGCUUGGAGUCCCGAAACUCUGCCCUCCUGUAUUAUAAAGCACAUAUAGUGUUCAGAAGAAGGCCUCCCCAGCAUAUCCAUGUUGGCAGACUUAAAAGCCUUCCGAGUUCCUCCUCAGCUGAACUGUUCUGCAAGGGCAGAAGACUUCACAGCUUACUUGUUUCGUAUCUCCAAGUGAGUCUUUAAUGAUGUUCACAAUCUUUGACUGUACGCUAUUUUUUUUUUCAGUUUAUUAUUUUAAAAAAUAACAAAAAACAGAAAAAGAAAAAAAGUGGAAAUGUUAGAAACAAAGCAGAACAACUGAUCUGGACUUGUCCAGCCUGAGUAUCAUUUUUCAAGAUGUGAGGGGGGAAAGAAAUAGUAAUAUUAAUAAUAAAAAAUGGUUUGGGGUUUUCAUUGUA